UACAAAUAACAGUAAUUAAAAAUUAUCUCAUGGUUAUGUUCAACUAACAGCAUAUAAUUAUAAUUAAAAACAUUAAUUGUUUAAUCAACAAAAGUUUAACUGAUAACUUUGACGUUUAAAAAAAUUUUAAAAAAAACAAUGAAUCAGCAGUAAUUAGAAAUUUAUUUCCUGGCUCUAGAUUUUGACGUCAGUUUUCCAUCAACGUGGCAAGGGUCCGGUGUCCAGUCAAAAAUGAGUUCUGUAGAUGGAAAAGUCGAUAUUGAAGAAUAUUUUAUUUUAUUUUCAGCUGAAGAAAUAAAGAUUCCGGUACCAUGGGGACACGUGAGUGGAAAAUGGUGGGGUCCAAAAAAUGUCCAACCUAUUGUGGCUUUACACGGUUGGCAGGACAAUGCUGGCACCUUUGAUAAACUAGCUCCGAUACUAGCACAUCAGCAUGCAAUUCUUAGUAUUGAUCUUCCUGGCCAUGGGUUUUCAUCUCACCUCCACAAGGGAUCCUUCUACUAUGUUUUUUGGGAUGGAGUUAUUCUCGUUCGUAGAAUUGCUAAGUUUUACAAUUGGAAUAAGAUAAAACUUCUUGGGCACUCCUUGGGCGGCGCGAUUGGAUUUUUGUACGCGGCUUCUUAUCCAGAUGAAGUUGAUCUUCUGAUAAGUCUGGACAUUGCGAGUCCAACUGUCAAGACCAUCAGCAAAUGUGUGACUCUGACAAAAGAUAAUGUCGAUAAAUAUCUAAAAUAUGAGCAGCAUACAAAUGAUUCUGCGCCGGUCUAUGAUUACGCAGAGAUGGUUGAUAUUGUCAUGGAUGCAUACGCUGGUUCCAUCACCCGCGAAAGUGCUCAGGUUCUGAUGCGACGUGGCACUCAACCUGCGGCCAUUCCUGGCAAGCACGUUUUUUCUCGAGACCCGCGAUUAAAAGUAUCACUUCUCGGCAUGCUGUCAAUGGACCUGACAUCUGAGUAUGCGCGGCAAAUAAAAUGCCGGUAUUUAAAUAUUCGCGCCAAGCCAGGUCUCAAAUUCGAUCAUCCUGAACAUUACCAAGAGAUUCUGGAUAUUAUAAAAAAUAACGCCGAAAAGUUUGAGUAUCAUGAAGUUGAAGGAAGUCAUCACGUCCAUCUCAAUGAGCCUGAAAAAGUCGCGCCAAUUAUCAAAAACUUUCUAGGAAUCCCAGCUUAAUUACGUGGCCAUUUUUUAAAUAUUUAAAAAUUACCUCAAAAUUUAAAUUAAUUAUGCCCGUGUUUAAACUACUUCCAAGUCAUCAAUAAAUUUUUAGCGCGGGUUAAUUAAAUAAUUUAAAAUUUAGUGGCCAUUUAAUUAUAAUUAUAAUCAACCGUAGUACAAUUAAAUAAUUAACUAGUGAACUAAUUAAUUUAUUUAAGAAAAUAUUUGAAAUGAAAGUAAAAAAUAAAACUUUUUAAUAGAAUUAGCCGUCCAAUUAUUUUUCUUUAUCAAAAUCUAUUCAGAAAAAAAUGAACGGGUUUCAAAAAUAAUUAAAAAUUGUCAUCUUAAAAAAUAUUAAAAUAUAUUGAGAUUAAUGGAAUAAAAUAAAUAUGUAACAAAAAUUAAAUUU